AUGAAGACGUUUUAUCGAUACACGUGCUGGCCGAAUCGGUAUCAAGAGCCGUAUUUAGUGGUGAAACGAGACGAUACGAUCGCGUUAUACAACGAAAUACUUAUAAACUAUGGACACAACAAGAUUACGUUUGUUGAGAAUUUGCGGUUUCAUGAAUAUGAAUUUGUGUUGGCAGGCAAUCUUUUCGCUUUUGAUGUGCCUCAUUCACCAUCGAAGUACCAUGAUCAGCACGUCAGGUCAAGGCAGUCGAAAAAUUGGUGGGCUAAAGUGUAUUAUCUGGACUAUCUUUACAAGGAAUCAAAGACUCGCUCGAAUGUGAUGAAGCUGUGUUCUAACGUGAAUCCUUAUUAAGGCAUUUUUGUGUGUACUUGCUUUUUAAGAUAGUUCCUCUUUCUAUAUGUA